AUGCUGCCGCACGCGAUACUCGCACUUUCAUUCCUCAUAUCAUGCACAACGGCAGAUAUACAACCUUACUACCAGUCUACCAGCUAUGAUAUGAGCCGUUUUGGUGCCUGGCCAUUGCAGGGAUAUAUUUCGUCGAAGCUUUCAGGCCCGAUCUUGAACUACUGGCAGCGCAGUCGGGCUUGCGAAGAUGGGUCAUAUACGCUGAUUGCGCCGCGCGGAGAUUCGGUCAGACAGACUGGGCCGAUGAUCCUCGAUCAGAAUGGAGAUCUUGUCUGGUUCAAGGAGUAUAAAAAGACGUAUAAUCUGAAUAUCUACUCUUUCCGAGGCGAAGAUUAUAUCACUUUUUGGGCUGGGAAUGACGGGAUUGGAGGGCAUGGUGAUGGGACAUAUUACAUGCUCAACUCCGCGUAUGAAGAGGUAUACACAAUCCGCGGCGUUAAUGGUCUUCCUGCAGACAUGCACGAGUUCCAGAUCACGCGCGAUGAUACGGCCUUGUUCGCAUUGUAUGACACCCAACCUGCAGAUCUGCGCAUUGUUGACGGACCAGAGAAUGGGUGGAUCUAUGAUGGCGUUUUCCAAGAAGUCGACGUCGAGACGAACGAGCUUCUUUUUCAAUGGCGUGCCUCGGAUCAUUUCAAAUUCAACGAAGCCUACCGAGGACCGGAGGACAGAGGCGGCUCCGAAGAUGUGCCCUGGGAUUUCUUCCACAUCAAUAGCAUUGACAAGGAUUCCCGUGGCAAUUUCCUUGUUUCGUCACGGUAUAUGAGCUGCCUCACUUAUGUGGAUGGGCGAACUGGUGAUGUGAUCUGGAGAUUAGGUGGCAAACAUAAUUCCUUCAAGGAUUUGUCCGAUGGCACAGCGACCAAUAUGAAAUGGCAGCAUCAUGGCAGGUUUCAAGAGGAGGAUUUAGAGGUGGUUUCGGACUCGGACUCUUUCUCGAAGCGAGCCAUCACCCUCUUCGACAAUUCUUCUCGUGGGAAGGGAGCCACCGAACGCACCAGUCGUGGACUGUUCAUCGAUAUCGACGAAAACAGCAUGACUGCCCAAGUCAGACAUGAAUAUUGGAACCCCAUACCAAUAAGUAGCCAGUCGCAAGGCUCAGUGCAGGUACUUGACAACGGAAACGUACUUGUCGGGUAUGGAUACAACGCAGCGUGGACGGAGUUUUCCAUGGAUGGCGAAGUGCUGUGCCAGGUUCAUUUUGGACCAGCGGGGGGGUUUGGUGAUGGAAACAUCAUUUCUUACCGUGCGUUUAAGCACCAUUGGGUCGGGAGGCCAACGACAUCCCCCGAUGUCGCCUUUGCGGAAAGACAUGUGGCUGUUAGUUGGAAUGGAGCUACAGAGGUAGUUAACUGGGGACUGGAAGGGUCUGGUCAUGGAUCCAAUGGGACAAGUAGUGGUGAUACCAAUCUACUUUCGGGCCUUGAUGAAUUCGUGUUGGUUUCUGCUGUACCAAAGUCCGGGUUUGAGACUGACAUUCCGAUACCGUCGGAUAUGCCGUAUAAAAAGGUGCGAGUUGUUGCCCUUGACCGUGAAGGAGUAGUCAUUGGUUCUACGAAUGCCGUUGAUUGGGACCCUGAGCAGUUUCGUAAGGAAAUCUUGGUCGUUUCCGGCGAGGGAGAACUACCAGCAUCUGAAAGCCACCUGGGUGACGUUUGGUUGUUUGUGCUCGGGUUUAUGUCGGCGGCGCUCGUGGCGUUCGCUUUGUGGAUGACGAGAAGUCAUCCUCCGCUUUGCUCAGUCGAGAGAAUGUUCAAAAAGAGACCUGGUAAAGAAGCAAGGCAUGAGAAUUGGCGACAAUUCAGUUCUUCAGAAGAGCUUGACGAACUUGGCGAAUUCAGUGAUUUAGAAACCGGGGACCAGGCUGAGUUGCAGCUUCUAAGAGAUGAAAACUAG